AAAACUCUUAUCUUUUUUUCUUUUUUCAACUCUGAGCCACAAUAUUAACAAACCAUACAACUUUCUCUCUCUUAAUCUGAAAUUAUGGAGCUACUUUCUGCACCAUUAACUGGCAAAUGGAGAAGAAGAAACAGAUAUGAAAGACUAGAUGGAGGGGUAAAAGGCAGAAAGAACAUUAGGGUGAUAAGAUUUGGAGGAGACAGAAGCAGCCCACCGCGUAGGGUUUGGAGGGUGAGAGCAGCCAGGAAGUUGAAAAUAUUAAGGAUUGCUUGCUCCUCUCCUUUGAAGCUGUUAAAGAAGAUCAAGGAUUCUUAUGUUGAUAUGAUGGUUACUUUGGCUGGAAAUGUUAGUGAUAAUGUUUUCGGAAGUAAAAGGGUCCCGAAAGCUAGACAGGUUCCUAAUGCUGCUUAUUCUAACGAAGAGUUUGAUGCUAGAAUGGUUUAUGAGAUUUAUAAAGCUUUGAAAGCUACCCAGUGAGAUGAUUAUUAGUUUUCUGUUUGAUUAAUGUAGAGGUUUUCCAUGUCUGUACGUAGUUAACUAUGUCUUUAUUUUAUUUUUUUGUUUAAAAGGGUUUUAAUUCCUUAAAUUAAGGUUACAAUUCCCAGUUCUCUGAAAACCCACAAAUCUUUUGUUAAUUGUAAUUUUCUUUUUCAAUGUUAAUCUGUAAUGGAACCAAAUGUGACAUUGGCUGGCUAGAAAAUUCUAGUUUACUGCUCUAUAUCUAUGUCGGCCAGUUGCUCAUCUCUAUGCUCAUCAGUCAUGACCUAUUUGAUAAAAUUAGCAAAUUUUUAAUUUUCUUUUUUCA